GCCGUGGCGUCGUGAGCACCGCCCCCUGUGCUGCCGCGAGGACGGGAUCGGUGUGCGAACCUCGGAUCGGGCCGCCUACCUGCCGACAUGCUGCUCUCGGGAGCCAUGUGUCCGCUGUGGCCGCUGCAUCUGGUGCUGAUGUACCUGGUGGCCCUGGUGCCGCUCUGGAUGGCCUGCUGCGGCGCCGCCUCGGCCGCCGCCAGCGCCAUCAAGUUUGACCCGGCGCAGGUGGAGCAUCUGAUGGAGGGCAACUCGACGGCGGUGCGCGUCGAGUUCGCCGACCUGCCGCCGGGCGACUACCAGUUCCGCGUCGACCCGGUGGACGCGUCGGGCGGCGUCGCCGUGGCGCCGCGCGACAUCGUCUUCCGCGUGGACGGGCCCGACUCGGUGUGGCGCGCGUUCAACCUGACCGGCAAGUACCUGGGCCACGCGGCUGUGCGCGUGUCGGGCGGCCGCCGGCCCGCCGAUGCCGCCGACCCGGCGCCGGCGCCGGCCCCGGAGGCCGAGCAGGAGCUGCCCGUCAGCGUGGUGCGCAGCAACCGCCGCUUGGACAAGAUCUUCGCCUACUCGGUGGCGACGCUGGUGUCGCUGACGUACGUCAACAUGGGCUGCACGCUGGACCUGGCUGUCAUCAAGCAGUCGAUCGUGCGGCCCAUCGGACCCGCCAUCGGCGUCAUCAGCCAGUAUAUCAUCAUGCCUCUGGCCGGCUUCGGCCUGGCGAUGGCCCUCUUCGUGGACCCGGGCCUGCAGCUGGGCCUCUUCCUGACCGGCUGCAGCCCGGGCGGCGGCGCCUCCAACAUCUGGACCUACCUCUUCAACGGCAACAUCAACCUCUCCGUCACCAUGACGUUCGUCAGCUCCCUGGCCGCCUUCGCGACGGUGCCCGGCUGGGUGUACUGCCUGGGUCGCUUCAUCACGGCCAACACCACCCUGGUGAUCCCCUACCGGAACAUCCUCACCGUGCUGCUGUCGCUGAUCGUGCCCUGCGGCAUUGGUCUGCUGAUCAACCGCUUCCUGCCCAAGGUGGCCGAUGUGUUGCGGCGCGUCCUUAAGCCGUGGUCGGUCAUCCUGUUCAUCUUCAUCGUGGGCUUCGGCAUCUACACCAACAUGUACAUUUGGCGCCUGCUGACCUGGCAGCUGUUGCUGGCGUCUGCCAUUCUGCCGAUGGCCGGGUUCCUGGGCGGCGCGGGCGCCUCCUGGGCCACGGGCCGCAGCUGGGAGGACGCCAUCGCCAUCAGCACCGAGACGGGCGUUCAGAACACGGGCGUGGCCAUCUUCAUGCUCAAGUUCUCGCUGCCGGAGCCGUCCAGCGACCUUUCCAUUGUGGUGCCGAUCGUCGUGGCGACGAUGACGCCAGUGCCGUUGUUCGCGGCGCUCAUCUUCCGCCGGCUGCGCGCCUGCUUCUGGCCGCGGCCGCUGCCGGAGAAGCAGCCGGCCGGGCCCGGUGCCGUCGCCCUGGGCGACAGCGAGAGUGCCCGCCAGCUGAUGAACGGCGAGGAGGGCUCGUUGGCCGCCUGACCGGCCCGCCUGCAGCGCUGCGGGCCGCGCCACAGCUAGCGAGGUCACGUGCUGGUGACUCGGUGGGAGCCGUGUUCGGGCUGGGGCGCAUGUGCGCGGAUGUAGUGAUCGGACGAAAGAACGCAGAGAGCUAUAUUGGGCCAUGUGUGUCGUCUGUGGGUGUUUCGGCGGAGUUUGGGCGGUGGGGUGGCUGGUGGCCGUGUUUGCCGCCGCCGCCGCCCGCCGACCGUGCGCAAGAGGGUCUGCCCUGCCUGCGAGCGAUCCACGCCACCGAGGCCGCGCGUGGCUGUAAUCCCCCCCCCCCCCCAAUUCCGAUAGUGUUAGCUACCCCCGUGGUCGGCGGCGGUGGGGCAGCGUCAGGCGGUGAUUGGAGCCAGGCAUGUGCCGUGGGCGGUGCCGCCGGCGCCCGAUCAUCGGGGUCGUAGGUCGCCGCGCCGUGGGUGGGGCUCGAGAUCACACCGACCGGGGAGGGGCGUUCGAGCAGCCCCGUCCGAUCGUGUUUCGUGCCGCCGUCCUCAGGUGGCGCCACCGUCGGUCCCGCACCCCACCGCAUCGUCGAUCCAGGCGUCCGGAAAUAAAGGUUGCAAUAGGGAACAAGUACCCACCUGUUAUAGGUUAAAGACUCUAUGUUCGGUUACGUGUCGGAAGCAUCGUGCAUGAAGCAUCUUCACGAACUAAAAUACAGAUGUUGAGAUACUU